GUGGCUUUCACAUCCCCUCAUCUACGUCAUUCCCGUACAACCCUGGUAUCUCUUGCUUUCUACAAUCCAAAAAGCAGCCAGAGGCGCGCUUUCCCUUUUCGAUUCUAAAAUCGCGAUGAAAUCCGCAACGACAAGUAGUCACCACACUUCGCUAUCAAUAACUCCGAUUCCGGAUUAAAGAGAUCGGACUCACAUACCUGUCCUCUACCACUCAGCAAAACCACAACGCUUCACCCAAACAUACGAAAAGCUCCAGCAGGCGGUCGGUCGACAGAGAAACAUCACUUUCGCAAUGUCCAUCUUCCAGAUUACGCUUUCACUCUUCGCUUCUGCGGACGAGGUGACGGGAACUCAGAUGCCAGGAAACUCGUCAUCUUUCGACGCAGUACCGGUUGCACCAGAGCCCCUCAUGUCUUCCCUCCCUCUAUGGAAGCAACAACUGGAGAAAAAGCAAGCACGGAUCAAUGUCUGGAUGGACUCUAAUCGGGACACGGCGGAGAGAAUCGUGGUGUUUGCCGUAUUUCUUAUGGUGUUGAAAGCGUGUUGGAUCUGGGGUUGUAAGGGUUUAGAGGUUGGUAAAGAUUGGUGGGAAGAGAGGGGGAGGAAGGAGAAGUUUAAGGAGUGGAUGAUUGAGGAGAGGAGGAUGAGGAGGGAGAGGAAACCUGUAGUUGGGAUCUUGAGGGGAAGGGACGGGAAGGUGGUGAGGAAAAGAGUGAGUUGGGAGCAGGAUGGGCGAGGGCGCGGGGAAGCCGAUGGACGUGGUGAUUUGGAGGGGCAGAGGAAGCAAUUUGGGAGGGGAGAGAUUAUGAUUGAGGAAGUUAAGUGCGAGGAGAUAGUGCUUGACGUCGGCUUCCCAUCGAGCUGCUCGACUUAAAGUUUGCAAAUUCAAGCAAAAUGAGAUAACCCUUUGGCUGGCUUCUUCUCGAAAAAAUGCAGACAAAGUUUCUGCUGAGAUUUCCUUUAUAACGGAUCAAACUGGGACAAGCUGCAGUAUGCUUGUAAUCAAAUAUUUAUACGAGACCCAUUAGAGAAGUCUCGGUCAAGGUUGAAAUGGGAAAGUGAUUUGAGAAUGCAGUCAGAGUUCG